UGAGGAGGGGUUGCCAGCCAUCUAAACCCCUCCCCUUUCAUUACCUCACUUCUGUCUAUCUCUCUUACCCCCUCUCUCUUUUUGUAUCUCUCUCCCAAUCUGGCUGAGUUGGUUUCAGACAGUACAUUACACACACAUGCUCAAGCACACGUGCCACUCUGUGUCUUCCUAUCUAGACCGGCUCUCCUCAGCAUCUCCUCUCUCAGUCUUCUACCUCAACAUGAAAGCACAUCAGUAAAGAGUGGAUUAUUCGUCUUGUUUUUAAUCUUCUCUCCUCUACACUUCAUUCUGUGUGUUUGGGUGUCUGUUCCUGGCUGGGAGUGCUCAUGUCUGCGACAGCGCUGUUGGGGGCAACACUAGGUACCGUGUCUGGAGUCCUGACACUGUGUGGUCUCUCCUUGCUUUGCAAGAGCUGUAAAAAGGGGAAACUUGAGGGAAGGGAUGAUACUGAUCCUGAGAAAACCCAACCAAGCAUCCUGCACAGUCUCACGCAGUUCAGUGUGCAGAAGUUGACAGAACCGAUCCAGCCUCAAGCAUCUUUGAAGUUCCCUAAAAUAUACUGGCCCAAACCCUCAGUCCCUUCUCAAGAGGUAAUAAACCAGAACGAUCAUGGAUCAUCUGUCAGCGAAACAUUUGAGGCCAAGCUCAACACCUGUAACCAGGCAACAGGAUGUGAUGAGGUCUUCUCCCCCCCGCGGCAAGCUUCUGCAGAUGAGACUCCCUAUACAUCUGAGCAAACUGGUGCCAUGACGACAAGUAGCUCCAUCCUGUAUCCCAAAUUGCACUUCUCCAUUAGCCUGCACAAAGAGAGUGGAGAGCUACACAUCAACAUUGUGGAGGCGGAGAACAUAUCAGUGGUUCCAGGAUGUGAGGGAUAUAUAUCAGGGUGUGUAAGUGUCUCUGAAGAGCAGAAGCAUGCCCAUACAGCAGUCCACAAGUUGGCAGCACGGGUACAGUGGGGUGAGGACCUUGUGUUUGCCUUGCCCUUGGAGGGCACGCUGGGAGCUGAUGGUCUAGAAGGAGAGGUGUCCCUCUCCCUUCAUUGCUGUGAUCGAUUUUCCCAGAAUUCCACUCUGGGGACAAUGCGCUUUAAACUGGCUGAUGUGAGCAUGAUGUUGGACGCUGACUGCUGGGUUGACUUACAGCCACCGAAACAGGAAGUGACAUCGUCAGCCGGUGAGCUUUUGUUGUCGCUCAGUUAUUUGCCUGCGGCCAAUAGACUUGGAGUGGUUGUAAUGAAGGCAAGAGGACUUCUGUCAGACAAACUUAAAGACAACAUAGAUAUAUCGGUAAAGCUGACUCUGAAACAUCAAAAUGUCAAGCUGAAGAAGAAGCAGACACGACGGGUGAAGCACAAGAUUAAUCCCGUCUGGAACGAGAUGAUGAUGCUGGAACUGCCCAGCGAGCUACUAUCUAAAUCCAGCAUUGAGAUGGAGGUACUGAACCUGGCUGGGCCUGGGACCCUGCUCCCCCUGGGCCGCUGCAUGCUGGGACUCCAAACAUCCGGCACAGGUCUGCAGCACUGGAAACAAAUGCUAGAUAAUCCACGCAAGCAAAUUGCAAUGUGGCAUCCACUGUAUGCCUAAACAUUUAGAAUAAUACUCUCAAAAACACCACCACAUCCAGGCACUGCAUACACAAUGAAUGGUUAAAUCUGUUGAUGUAUUUUACAAUACUGUAGGUAGAUGAGUGAACCAAAUUGUUAUCACUGUACGUUCUCUGCAGAGGUCAAGGUAAAGGUGAAAUAGGACAGUUACAGUACUAAUAUUAUUACAAAGUAGUUCAGAGUCUUUUAUUGUAAGCAGUGCUGCAUUUACCUUUGAUGUUGUUGUCAUUGUGUGGGUUAAAAAUCUUACUAAUAUGAAUUGGUGUGAGUGGGAGCCACCCUAAUCUUUCACAACAACUGUUAGAUUGAUUAGAAAGCCAUCAUUUCACCAUCUGGGUUAACUAUAGACCUGAUUUAGUCCGGCUAUAAGUAACCUAGUCAAAAUAAACUUGAAUUUGGUUACAGUUUGUCUUUGUCAAAAGAACUUGUGAGAUGUAUGAUAUUCCGUCAUGUAAGCAAAGUCAACAGUGAUCGCAAGGUCUUUGGUUUUGUUUAUUUAUUUAUUAACAGCUCAAAUUUUGCCUUGUUUUAGCCUAGAUGUCUAGACUGUGUUGGGAUGGCUAUUGGAUGUCUUUUAAACACAAAAUUGCUUGCUGGGCUGUAUCUUGCCAGUUUUGACUGAACAGAUCGUAAUUCAUAAUUCAAAAAGUCUCAUGUAGGGUUGCAUGCAUUACAAACCAGGAUAUUAUUUAAUAUAUCUAUGAUUGUGUUCACUGAAGAAAUAAAGUCAUAUCUGGGAUGGCCAGGGGUAAGUAAAUUAUGAUAGUUUUUAUUUUUUGGUGAACUAUUCCUUUAACAUCAGUACAGCCCUGCUCACCAUACUCCUAUAAUAGUACAUAAAUCUGCAGGGUCUUAUAAAGGCAGCUUUAUACUUCUCAAGGUGCAUGUAUGGAUCUAGAUGUGUGGCUCGCUUAUUCCCCUAAUUGUCUUGUUAAUGUAUGACUUUUCUCCAAGUUAAUAAUAAUGUAAUAAAAUUUCCACUGUGGCAACUCGAA